AUGAGUGAUCAACAGUCAUACAUUUAUCAUAUCGAAUUUUCAAUCGAAAAUGUCAAAAUUUUCCCAUUUCCACAAGAACUUGAGUAUCUAGAUGAACUCGAUUAUCUUAUACGAUUUGAAAUGAUACCUAAUAUAUCAAUGGAAAUAACUGAGACUGAAUUUAUCGACAACGUGAAUUGUAAUGAGCUACCGAAAAAGUCUGUAGUUUUUACAAUGAAUGAUCAGCAGUUAAAUUCUGAUCCAAAAGCCUGCAUAACUGCAUACAAAAUUAAGUGUCCCAAAGACAUUAUAUCUGUUGGAUGUUAUGACUUCCCAAAUUUUCAAUGCAAAUUGAAGGAAGUUAAGAAGAAGUUCGAUUGUCACAAUAAAGGCAAUAAUAACAUUGUCAUACCUGAAUUCAUUAAGGAAUUUUCAUUGAUUGUAGAUUGUAAUGGAAAGGGUACAGGUUCAAUUCAUUAUAUCAUCCGAAUAAAUUGCUAUGGCUCAGCAGUAAACAUGGGCUUCAGUGAGAAGCAGUUUAGUGACCUUUGUGAUAAAUACAAAACGGAUGAUGAUGGAUAUGGCAGAAUCAAAGGAUGUACAUUUAAAACGGAAAAAGCUGAAGAUGAAUGUAUCUUGACAUGUCCAAAUGAUGAUCAUGAUUCACAAUUCGAUGAAUAUAUGGCUCAAGUUAAUGGAAAUCAAUUGAUUGUUCGCGUUGCAAAAGGUUAUUCGGUGAAAGUUUCUGAUGCUUUGUCUGAAAAUAAUAAAGACAAGCUUACAAUUAGAGGAUGUGAUCAACAAAUUGACUUCAAUUUCCCUCAAAACUUCACUUGCUGUCAUUGUAGGAAAAAAUAUGGGAGUUGCAAAUGUAAAGGAGACUCAGACUUGACUGAUUAUCAACGAAAGACAUCCUGCUCCGGAAGUAGCUACAAAAAUUCUGCAACUUUACCUGUAAUUCGUGGAAACUUAAAAUAUCCUGGACGAUUUGAGGACCAAAAAGUAAAGUUUGAUGUUCAAAAUUACUGCGAACCUGUUGAUGCUACUGAAAAGUACAGAAUGAAAUCACAAAUGUCGAGGGCUGUUUGCCUUCAAGCCGAUCAAGAAAACUUCACUUGUGAAUUAAACGGAAUGUCAAAAGUACCGCAAGGAAUUCAAUUAUGUCGAGCUGGUUGCGAAGACGAUGUUGAUGUGUUUGUAUGGAAAAUUUCCGAGAAACGAACUGAUCGUAAUGGAAAGAAAAAUAUAAUCGAGCUUGAGUUGAGAACACCACGGGGACCAAGGAUAGAGAUUCCAAAAAAAGAAACUCGCGAGGUUCAAGUUCUUGAAGAGGAAUUCGAGGAAAUGAAAAAACUUGUAAAAAAGGAUGUUGUUGGGCAGAAGAAUGGAGUGGGCAAGUUAAAUGGAAAGUCAGCUCCUAAAACUCUAGUGAAGAAUGGAAAAGCUCAAUCGAUUCCUGCAAAAUCAAUCAAAGCUCCAGGAAAUCCAAGUAUAUCCAAGAAGUUAUCUGUCAAAAAUGAUCCAUGCAAGAAAAAAACAACAUGCAAAUAA